UUUAACUGGAUUGAGGAGUCCCGAUAUGUAAAUGGGGUGCGGGUGACUCCUCCCAUGCACCUGACGGGGGAGUAUUUACGGCACUUUACAGCCCGCCGCUCCGUUUCCGAAGCGUGCCGCGCCACCAUGACUCCGCAGCGGACCCUGCUGUAGUUUUGGAGUUUCCCCUCUUCUGACGCAGUGAGCUGUCGCGCGCCUCGUGGCACGGUUACGUUCUCACCCCCACCCCCCCAAAAAAAGAGGACAGAGACAGAGAGAGAGAGAGAGAGAGAGCGCGCGCGCGAGAGGGGGAUAAAAAAAAAAGUUUUCGAAAGUGUCCCGUUUGUUUUCCAAGAUGCCACGCUCCUUCCUUGUGAAGAAACACAUCAACUCCGCCAAGAAGCCCAACUACAGCGAGCUCGACAGCCCCGCAGUCUUGAUCUCGCCGCACAUCUACAAAGGCCUCCCGUUGCCCGUCAUCCCGCAACCGGAGGUCCUGAGCCCGGGGGCGUACAGCCCCAUCACGGUGUGGACCACCAGCAACCUGCCGCUCUCGCCCAUUCCCAGCGACCUAUCCCCGGUCUCCGGAUACCCCUCCUCCCUCUCCGACACCUCCUCCAAGGACCACAGCGGCUCCGAGAGCCCCAGGAGCGAUGAAGAGGAGCAGAUGCUCGCCAAGCUGACGGACCCUCACGGAGUAGAGGCCGAGAAGUUUCAGUGCGGCUUGUGCACCAAGUCCUACUCCACUUACUCGGGACUGCUCAAGCACAAGCAGCUGCACUGCGACGCCCAAACCAGGAAAUCCUUCAGUUGUAAAUACUGCGAGAAGGAGUACGUCAGCCUCGGAGCUCUCAAAAUGCACAUCAGGACUCACACCUUGCCCUGCGUUUGUAAAAUAUGCGGCAAGGCUUUCUCCAGACCGUGGUUGCUCCAAGGACACAUCAGGACGCACACCGGGGAGAAGCCAUUUUCCUGCCCCCACUGCAACAGGGCUUUUGCGGACAGGUCCAAUCUCAGGGCUCACCUACAGACCCAUUCGGAUGUGAAAAAAUACCAGUGCAAGAACUGUUCCAAAACCUUCUCUAGAAUGUCUCUUCUGCACAAGCAUGAGGAAUCUGGUUGUUGUGUAGCACACUGAGCCGGGAUACUGUUCAAGCAGAAAGAAGCCUUCUGCCGGUUUCCAGCCCUGCAAGAACUGUCAGGGAAUCCACAUCAAGGGCUCCUUCCAUAUAUGCAGACUCUUCUUCUUCUUCUUUUUUUUCUCUUUUUUUUUUUGCUGACUGAUGGUGUGCUCCAUCUCAGAGUAAAAAAAAAAAAAGCUCUGUCACGUGCCUCUCAUUUCAAGCAGUGUUUCGGGAAAAUCGCAAUCAGUGUUGAGCUUUGUCCCGCCAUGUACCCACCUACCUGUGCUAUUCAUGCACUUUUCUGCAUGUCUAGAAACGCCUUUUAUACUCCUUCACAAUGUUAUCUCUGUUUUUGUUUUUGUUUUUUCUCCUACCGGUGUCUCUCAGUGGCUGUCUUUUGAUUAUAACGGAGUCAUCAUCAUUAUUAUUAUGAUUAUUAUUUUUUAUUGGAACCACGCAAAUGAUGUUGACUGGUGCAUUGAAACGACGUGAACAGUACCCACCACGUGGAAUAUUGAAGCCAUCAUUACUUAGGGAACAAGUGCAAAGACUAUUUUUGUUUUUUUUUGGUUGUUGUUUUGUUGUUUUCUUUUAGGGCUGAGAGUAUUAUAACUUUUUGCACAGUCGUGGUUCAGAAACUAUAAACCUGCACCUGAAACUAGCAAUACAGUUUUCCAAGUGCCUCAGCUUUAUUUUCUAAACGACGAGUUUGCGUUUAUAUUUUUUAUAUAUUGAAUGUAAGUGUGACUGAGACGAUUGUACAUGGGACAGUGAGAGCUGUGAUACUGAACGAGUGACUUUUGAUAUCCUUCAUGAUACUUUCAAGAAAUAAAAGUUUCAUGACCUUUUGCAUAA